AUGGCAUCCUCAUCUACAGGUAUGUAUGUAUCUGUAGAUUUUCAUUACAAUGGAUUCUUUUUGCCAAACCCAUUGGUGUACUUAGACCCUGUAAAAACAAAUGUACGUGAUGUGGAUUUUGGGGGAUUUACGUAUAAAGAGUUUCUUUUGUGGCUUACGAAAUUAACCAAUGGAGCCUGUGCUAAUGUCUACUACUGUAUGAAAAAGGAAAGCUUGUGUGAGGGUAUUAGAAGAAUCGACAGUGAUGCUGAUUAUUGGGAGUUUGUGGAAACUGUUUAUAGUCUUGAGAGUGAUAGUCCUGAGAGUGAGUUAGAUGUGUACAUUGACCACCGAAAUGAACCAAUUAUUGAUUGGGUUGAUAACGAGUUCUUAGCAGAUGGUAAAGGGUAUGAGUCGGAUGAGUUGGAUGAAGAGGAUGACAAGGAUUCUGAAGUUUCAGAGACAAUGGAAUAUGAACAUGAAUGUGAUGAAGAGGUCCAUACUUUUGAUAAAACUGUUGGAGACCCAUUCUUGGACAAACUUUCAGGACAUACAAGUGAUGAUGAUGAAGAGGAAGCUAACAAUGGAAAAUAUAAGGAUAUUGUGUUCCCUGUCCAUAAUGAGAAUCAAGAAUGGGAGCAAAUGGUGCCAGUUUUGGGGUUCGUCAUCGUCAGCUUAGGACAAGCUCCAAAACACACCUCGAUUACCUUCUUCUGUGAGAAAUCAAUCGAUACAGCAAAUCGACGAUUAGGGCUUAGAAUUGAAGGUACGAGUUGA